AUGUCCCGCUACUCCUCGGACAAGAGCAACCUCAACGACUUGGGGUCGCACCUAACGAACGUAGCGGCCGGGAUCUCAGCGAAGCAGGUUCAGAAGCACAGCGGCAAGGCUGCCUACAAGAGGACCGGAGCCAAAUGGGACGUGAAUAACCUGAAGUCCUACCUGCUGACCACGGCAGGGGUUGAUGUCGUGAAUCAGCUCUUCCAUGACAUCGAGGGCAUUGUCAUCCACUCUCUGCUCUCAGUUCAGAAGGCCUGGUCAGCAAACGAUUUGACAAGGUAUGGCUACGACAUCCUCAUUGACUCUGAGUACAAGCCCUGGCUUUUGGAGGUCAAUGCCUCGCCGUCGUUGACAGCUAACACCACGGCAGAUUAUGAAAUGAAGUAUGGGCUCCUCGAUGACCUCCUCACGUUGCUGGACAUCGAGAAGUACCUCAGCGGCAAUGAGCUGCAGGUCGGCGGCUUCGACUUGCUCUACAAGGACGGCUACCGCUACUCUCCUCCCGAGGGCUCCAUCUUCACGUCCUACUUGGGCUGCUACAACAACCGACUCACUCAGCUCCAACGCCUGGCCAAGACACGUGCUCAGGAGAUGAGGUCUGCGAGAAAGCCGAGCACCUCCGCCCCACCGGAAGCUACCUUUCCGAACCCGGAAGACCCCAGGCUCGUCUCGAAGUCGGCCAUGGUUUCCGAAUUGCUUGCCGAGAGGGUAGUGGAAGCCGUCCUGGCCCUGGAGCAACAGUCCAGCUCUCCGGAUCAGGUGCGAGAGGCAUGUGAGCUGUGCGAUGUUUUCUUGCAAAAGCAGCCCUCCGCGGAGCUUGCCCGGAAGCUGGUCAGCUCCGAAGCUCCGCCAGUUCAACGACUGGGUUUCCAGCUCACACUAACAUGGAUUCGAUCGAAGAUAGCAGAGAGCAAGAGGCCUUCCGGGCCGGAGUGGACAGCGAUGAAGGCCUGGCUACUGGAACUCUCGGGCUCCGACAGCUGGAGCAAUCCUAGCACCCCGAGCUACGUGCGCCGAAAGUGUGGUGAGGUCCUGUCUUGCAUUGCAAGGUUGGACUGGCCAGGUGCCUGGCCGGAGCUCUCUCCGGCUUUGCUCACUUUGCUUCGAUCACAAACGCUCGGAGUGGGCCCUGCCCUCGUGAGCUUAGGGGUGUGGUCACAGCUUGCUGAGUCCGUGGUGGAGGAUACGAAGGACAUGACAGCACAGCGCCGUCGGGAAGUGGCCGCUGGCAUGACGGAUCUCUUCGAGACGCCUUCAGGAGCCCCGGCCUUGGUGGAGGCCAUCCAGGCCACGUUGCAGCGCUUUGGAGGGGAUGGUCAGGUGGUUCGUGAAGUUCUCACGCUGUGCCGAGCCCUGCCCAGCGCAGUCCCGGUGAAGCUCCUGCUGCGGCAUCACUUUGAUAAGAUUGUCCAGAUUGGCUUCCAGUCUACCGGUUGCAAGGAGCUCGCAGUGACGGUUCUGGCCUCGUGGGCAGAACAGCUGGGAUCCCAGAAGCCAUCAGGCAAGGGCUCUAAAGGCAAAGGUGAGUCCACGUCGCCAGCUACCCACGACAUCUGUCGAUUGACGGCACUGAUCGCCAGACUCGUCGAAGAAUGCAAGUUCGACAUUGAGAGGCCGCAAAACUACGGCUACCACCAGCAAGUUGGCCGCGUGCUUGCUGACUUAUGCAGCUUCAAUGCCGCAGGCUUCUGUGAAGUCUUGCCACCUGCCGAGAUGGGCACUCUUUGGGCAGCACUUCUCUUCCUCCUGCGCUACCCCUCUGCCGCUCUUCAUAUCGAUGCAAUGACAAGCAUGGUCUCCCUGGCCCGGCAUGCGCCCAAGGUGUCUUCCCUCUCGGGGCCUAGGCCCCGGCCUCCGCUGGAAACCCUGGUGGGUGCCCUACACGUGGCUGCCCUCAAGGCAGACUUCGCUGAAGCCUCCAAGGCCAACGGGAUCUCCGCCUCUUCGGAGCGCAGUGCCUGGCUGCUCCGUUGCUUGGGCCCCGCUUCGAGCCAGAGGAGCCCUUCCACCAUUGCAGAGUGGUCCGAUUGGAUGGCGGUGUCGGCGAGCUUCGACGAGGUGGAGACGACCUCGUCUGGCGAGGCGACGAAGGCUCACAAGGUCGGAAUGGUUCGUACACUUUGCCGCGAGCUGCUCGCUGAGCUUUGCCAACCGGGGGCUGCGACGACCAGCGACGGGGAAGGCUUCGAUGCCCUGUGCCGCUUUGCAGGGGCUUUGGUCGCAAGGGCCUUGGCAGGCGAUCCGGCCUCGAGCUGGAGUGAAGAAUAUGACAGUGCUCUGGUUCUGGUGGAAGCUGCGGCUCUGGAGGCUCUCAAGUACGCUGAAAAGAACUCCAUCGAUCCGGGAGCGAUCUCCAAGCCGAUGCUAUCCUUCCUGCAACAGGUUUGCGUUGAAGCGCCUAGCUUCAACCCCUCCAUCGAGCAUCGCAGGCUCGAGUUUCUGUCAUCCUGCAGCCCGUUCUUCAAGCACUGGAGCGAGGAGGUGCUGCGAGAUGCUCUGACACGAAUCCUGGCGCCCAUCCGAUCACCCCACCCCGAGGCUCACAAAGCACAGCAGAAGGGAAUAAAGCUGGAGCAGAGGGCUUUGAGCACUUUCGUGGCCGUUUGCAAGUCGGGCGUCCUCCGUGCCAACCAGCUGGAGGCGCUCAACCAGGAGUGCAUGCAGCUUGCCAGCACCGUCUCCUCAGCACACGCCCGCGGCCAGCUGAUCGAGGCUUUGGCACUGGCUCUCGCAUCCUGUCCGGACCUGGAAAAGUCCCGACAAGUCCAGCUGUUCAACGGUGUGCUGGAGCAAGGCACCACGGCCUGGCUCGGCUCCGAGCUCGUGUCCAUGGAUGCAGAGGGUUUCCUGAGCAUGAUCUUGGCUGCCGCCCGGGAGUCGCCACCUUUGGCCGACUCCCGCCUCGAAGAGCCCAACUUGGCCAAACUGAGGGAUGCCAGGACUUUGCUCAGCAGCUUCACUGGCAUCGUGUCCCGCACUGCGCCUAGUACGAAACUCUUGGAGCCCAGCUUGCCCGAUGCUGUGGUUAAAGAAUGGGCACCUGGCAUCUUCCGACUGCUGCAGACGCUUGCCCACGUCUACGUUGAGGCGGCUGCCGGCGAUGAGCUUGCGCGGCUAUUGGUGUUUUUCCCGGCUAAGCCUGAGUUAGAGGGUGUGCUGGGGCGAUACCUGAGCUCGGACGAGGAAAAAGAGAUGCUGGAGAAGUUUUCCGGGGGCCUGAAUCCGCGCUGGAUCCUGGCCAUCCGUGGUCUCGUGCAUGAGCUCCGAUGCCAUGCAGCCAAAGCAGCUCGUUCAUGCAUGGCCUGCCAUGGUUUCUGGGAGAUGGACGACUCUGUGCUAUGGUUGAGGGACGUUGCACAGAGCAUCACUGGUAUGCGGCCUCACACUGGAGAGCUAUAUCUGCGAGAGCUGUUUAUGCCCCUGGUCAGGACCCAAGGUCUCAUGCAGGAUGCACGCCUGGGGGACUUUUGCAAAGCAUUCUUGCCUGCCCUAAUCAAGGGAAUCUCAACGAGACUUCAAGACGCCUGGGCCGUGAACGGUGUCGACGCGGAGUCGGCCGUGGUGAAGAUGAGCACUGAAACUGCGGGAUUUGCGUGGCUCGACCCUGCACAUGCCGCGGCGGCCGUCUCCUUCUCCCGAGCAGCGGUUCACCUGCUGGCUGCCUUAGCCGGGACUGAGCUGCCUCAGGCAAAUCAGCUGGAAGAUCCACAGGUUCGGGUCUUCCAAGCCAAGCGGUCGGUACCCCAAUCGUCAGGCAAUCGCAAGAAGAGGAAAGGCCAAAAUGCCAACAGGUUCGCCGCACUGGAACAUGGGGAUGCCAUGGAGGCGGAGGCGCAAGCUGAGCAGGUGGUCAAGCCGCAGGCAGGGCGCAGUGCUCCAACCGGUCUGGUUGCGAGCAUCCUCAGAGACAGCCAGCUCCGCGAUACGCUGCGUGGGGCACUCGCGGAGUUCCUGCUCGUGCCGGAGAAAGAGACAGUGACGCGUGCUUUAGCUGGGCUGACGGCCUGGACCUCGCAGCUCUGGAACAUGAUAGCACGUGGAGAGGAUUUGGCUGCUCUCUCCACGGGGAGCUCUGCCGGGGAUCGAUUACCCGAAACCGGCGAGAUCCUGCACGUGGCAAGCGAUGUUCUGCGGAUCAUUCCACGAGGAAUCCUGAAACCAAUCGGGGAGGUCGUCGCUGGCAAAAGUCCUCGCCUGCCCUCAGAUGGAGGUGCCCUCUGCAAUGCGGUGCAGCACAGCUGGAGCAGCUUUGCUGCGGCGAGCGUGGCAGACAGCAAAGCAAGCCCUUCUCUCCUGGUGAGCGAAUGCACGAACCCAAUAUUCAUCGGCUUACUGGUGUUGGUGAAGUUCUUCAAACUCCAGUGCCGGAAGCUGGAGCUGUCUACCGACGCUGCGCAACUCUAUCUGUGUCCACCGCUGGUGGAGGCUUUGCGAGUUCUGCAGGAGCUGCCGAACACGAGCCAGGAUGAUGCCGAGACACUGCUGGACAGCUUGCUGAAGGAAGGCGGGGCGGGAGUCUCCCGAGACAUGCAAAGAAACCUGGUCCGCGCCUUGCUCUUCGAAGCAUCGCCAGGGUUCGCCGCGAUGGGCACUACCACCUCGACGGAGAUCGGGGGUGUGCGGGUGUUCAAGGUGAGCCCUGGCAGCCCCGCAGCCGAAGCGGGCCUGGAGGUCUUUUUCGACUUCAUCCUGGCCAUCAACGGCAUCCGGUUGGAGCCCGGUGAGCAGUCAGUUUUCGCCAAAAACAUCCAGGAAGCAGAAAAUGGAUCGGCGAAGCUCACGGUGUACAACACCAGAGCCAACAUGACCAGGGAGGUCGCCGUGAUGCCCAGAAAAUGGACGGGUACUGGCCUUCUCGGUGCGACAGUGCGCUAUGAUGCCGUCGAUGUCGCCGAGAACCACGGCAUUCGAGUUCUGGAGGUGUUUCCGAACUCGCCCGCGGCGCACGCAGGCUUGGUGCCGUUCCAGGACUUCUUGCUUGGAACUCCCCAGAGAGUCUUCCACGACAUCGACGAGCUCGUCGAAGUUGUGCAAGCAAACCUGAAUGAGCGCAUGCAGGUUUACGUCUACAACGCCGACACGGAGUCCAUCAGAGAGACCAUCCUCGUGCCCAACAACUCCUGGGGCGGUGAUGGCUGCAUUGGCUGCGACAUAG